AGAUAACACACUCUGUUGUUUUGAAUUGGUAUUACUUUAAAGUUAAAAGCAUGCACUUGACUUUAAUUUUGGCAGGAUCUUCAGGCGGUAGACAUGUGACCCACAAUCACGAGGACCACAACGCGGAAAGAUCGCUGAAAGAGUCUCGAGGUUCUUGUUAGUUGUUUACGGUUUAUCAACUCUCUUUAGUCUAAUGUUUACCCUUCUAACCGUAAUAUCUGGGCGUUUGUAUUGUCAACAAAGAACGGAAUAAUUCAAAGCAUAAGCCAUUCUGCUAAAAUAAAAGCAAAAUGUCAUCGGAAGAGUUUGAAAAGCUUGACGAGAUCUACAAAACACUUUACGACGAACUGAGGCUGCUGCCUGACAGAUUACUGAAUUGUCAAGGAGAGGAGAAGAAACGUUUGGUGAGAUGCUUUGAUGAAAGACAUGGAGAAGCGGAGGAAGUGUUACAGGGAAUGGAGCAGGAGCUGGUGGGCGCCCCGUUGUCUCACCGCAACGCCAUGUCGGCCAAGGUGAGGCUCUACCGCCGAGACCUGGGCAAGCUGCAACGAGAGAUGAAGAGCAAUGACCUGUCCUCCUCUACCCGGCCAGCAGAGGGCGCCUACGGCAUCUAUUCCUCUCAGAAUGAACACAGCACGCAGGUUCAGUCUCAGAGGGCCAUGCUAUUGCAGGGACACGAGCACCUCAACAACGCCACUCAGAGUAUAGAGCGGAGUCAUCGCAUCGCUGCCGAGACGGACCAGAUUGGCGUCGACAUCAUCGAGGAGCUGGGAGAGCAGAGAGAGCAGCUGGACCGCACCAGAGACCGGCUUGUCAACACUGGGGAAACCCUCAGCCGAAGCAGGAAGAUAUUGAGAGCCAUGUCUCGACGACUGGUGACCAACAAGCUGUUGUUAUCUGUAAUCAUUUUGAUGGAGCUGGUUAUUUUGGGUGCAGUCGUCUACCUCAAGUUCUUCCGCAAGUAACAGGCUCCUACCAGCUUCUUAUAUAAGCAGUACACUUCACAGGGAGGUGGGCUCCUCUCUCCUCCCCUGUCUCGUCUCUCCCUCUCCUUUCCUCCAUCACCUUUCACGGUGCUUCUCUUGAACUGAAGCCAUCGCCACCAAACUAAACGGGUAAUAAACCCCUCUGGCUUACUGGGACACAGCGUUGAUUUUGUUGUGAAGAUGAGGUGAAUUUAAGAAGAAUGGAUGUCAUUUCUGUUCUUCAGGACAGGAGUGUAUGUAAGGGACAACGAGCUGAGGUUCCAUAUUGGAUGUAUGGAGUCAACCCAACCCUGGGUUUAUAUUGACACUGGACCAGGAUGUGAUGCAUGUUGUUAAUGAACUAUCCACCAGGAGUGGCACACUGCACACCCUAUCAUGGACGAGUGUCUGCAGAUCCGUCCUACAGUGGAAGAUGGCUGUGUGGGCAGGUCCCAAAUGAAAACCUGCCACCCGUGGAGUGCACUACCUUUGACCACUGACUUUUAGUUGAAGACUUCAUAGGACGUAGGGUGCCAUUUGGUACAGCCCGGCCAGACAUGGUCUUUUUGAAAUGGAUACAAUAGAAAUUGGCAUUUUAAAUAAAUGAAGUUACUUUCUUGAAAUUCUUUGGACAUAUGUAAUAACGAUGACGAAAAAGAAAGUGCUGAUUUUAUCUGAACGUAGUCUCAGCGUUUUAUUUUUGGCAAUGCUUUAAGUUGCCAGGGGAAGGGGGAUGUACGUCACUGCUGACAUAUAACUCAGUUUUGAGAUGAUGCUUUGAAAGUGGUAAAACCCAACUAACGUGGCUGAAAAAUAUAAAUGUAUGUCUUAAACAUUAAGGCAUGGUUUGAUUUUCCUUAGGUCCUAAAUGUAGUAUUUAACAUGAAAGUGGGAUUAAAAGCAAUGUUUGUUUGUUUUUUUUAUAUUAUUAUCGUAUUGUUAUUGAACAUCUAGCAUUAAAGCAAAGUUAACACUGAACUUCA